UUAAUAAGAAGAAUCGACACACGCUUCUUCUUCAUCUCGCUAAACCUCAUUCCGAAUCUCUCAGGUGGUUAAACCACCUAUUGGUUUUGUUUGUUUUUUCUAGAUUGAGAGAUGACAGAUCGGUUGACACGUAUUGCUAUUGUGAGUUCAGACCGCUGCAAACCAAAGAAAUGUCGCCAAGAGUGUAAGAAGAGCUGUCCUGUCGUCAAGACAGGAAAACUUUGUAUUGAGGUGACUGUUGGUUCCAAGCUUGCUUUUAUCUCAGAGGAGUUGUGCAUCGGUUGCGGUAUUUGUGUCAAGAAAUGCCCAUUUGAAGCUAUUCAGAUUAUCAAUCUUCCCAGAGACUUAGAGAAAGACACGACCCAUCGCUAUGGGGUAAACACUUUCAAGUUGCACAGGCUCCCAGUUCCAAGGCCAGGGCAGGUCCUAGGGUUGGUUGGGACAAAUGGUAUUGGAAAAUCAACCGCUCUGAAAAUUUUGGCAGGGAAGCUCAAACCAAAUUUGGGCCGUUUCACUAAUCCUCCAGACUGGCAAGAAAUCUUGACACACUUCCGUGGGUCAGAACUUCAAAACUACUUCACCCGUAUUCUAGAAGAUAAUCUAAAGGCCAUUAUAAAGCCUCAGUAUGUCGACCACAUCCCAAAAGCUGUUCGAGGCAAUGUAGGAGAGGUCCUUGACCAGAAGGACGAGAGAGAUAAGAAGGCAGAGCUCUGUGCUGAUCUGGAGCUGAACCAGGUCAUUGAUCGUGAUGUUGAGAAUUUAUCUGGUGGUGAGCUGCAGAGGUUUGCUAUCGCUGUUGUUGCCAUACAAAACGCUGAGAUAUACAUGUUUGAUGAGCCAUCUAGUUACCUUGAUGUUAAGCAAAGACUCAAAGCUGCUCAAGUUGUUCGUUCCCUCCUGAGGCCUAAUAGCUACGUCAUUGUGGUGGAGCAUGAUCUCAGUGUUCUUGACUACUUGUCGGAUUUCAUUUGCUGUCUGUAUGGGAAACCAGGAGCCUACGGUGUCGUGACUCUCCCCUUCUCUGUCAGAGAAGGAAUCAACAUUUUCCUGGCUGGGUUUGUUCCUACUGAAAAUUUACGUUUUAGAGAUGAAUCGCUGACCUUCAAGGUCGCUGAGACUCCACAAGAAAGUGCCGAAGAAAUACAGUCGUACGCUAGGUACAAGUACCCAACCAUGACCAAAACUCAAGGAAACUUCAGGUUGAAAGUGACGGAAGGUGAAUUCACAGACUCUCAGAUUAUUGUAAUGCUUGGGGAGAAUGGUACAGGGAAGACAACAUUUAUCCGGAUGCUGGCGGGUUUGUUGAAACCAGACGAGACAGAAGAAUCAGACAUAGAGAUACCAGAAUUCAAUGUUUCUUACAAGCCACAAAAGAUCAGCCCGAAGUUUCAGAAUUCAGUUAGGCACUUGCUACAUCAAAAGAUUCGGGAUUCUUACAUGCAUCCUCAGUUUGUGUCGGACGUGAUGAAACCGCUUCAGAUUGAGCAGUUGAUGGAUCAAGAAGUUGUUAAUCUCUCAGGAGGAGAGCUGCAAAGGGUUGCGUUAGCUCUAUGUCUCGGAAAGCCUGCGGAUAUAUACCUAAUUGAUGAGCCAAGUGCAUACCUUGAUUCAGAGCAACGUAUUGUGGCUUCUAAAGUCAUUAAGCGAUUCAUUCUCCACGCAAAGAAAACUGCAUUUAUAGUCGAGCAUGAUUUUAUAAUGGCUACCUAUUUAGCAGACCGAGUCAUUGUCUAUGAAGGACAACCAUCCAUUGAUUGUAUUGCAAACUGUCCUCAAUCACUACUCAGUGGAAUGAAUCUCUUCCUCUCUCAUCUAAACAUCACCUUCAGACGGGAUCCCACCAAUUUCAGACCAAGAAUCAACAAAUUAGAGUCUACUAAAGACAGGGAGCAAAAGUCUGCUGGGUCAUACUACUACUUGGAUGAUUAAUAUGAGAACAUAGGGCAUGAUCUGGAGAAAAGAUUGCUUGCAUUCCACGAAGGCCUUUUGCUCUGAGAAAGUUGAUCUAUGAGCUCAGAAUACUUUGCGCAACCAUCUUUUUUCCAAGGUCAAUGAGGGAGAUGUUUCUCUUAUCUGUUCAUCAGUUUUGCUUCUCAGAUUUUUCUUUUGCCUUCUUCCUCUUCCAACCUUUUGCUGAAUACUUCUCAAGGUUUUUUUAUUACCUGAGCAAUAAAACUUUCUGAAUCCUUUUAACCUUUUAUCUUUUGGCUUUUGUACUUUUCCGAAUUGGUAAUUUAAUGUUGUAAUGUUAUUACAUGGAGUUUACAAGAAUGUAUUAUCUACUUUGUACAGCCUAAACUAAUCACUGAUAUAGGAAAAUUUCAAAAAACACUAUCCUACAGAUACAAUCCUACACUAACGUCAAUAGUACUGUAACCAGGAACCUUCUUUAAUGCUUUAUCCUCCACUGUCUUCCGUAGCCGUACAGCUUCUUCCCAACCUCCCAAUCCGACAUAUGUAUUCGACAAUGAGAUAUAGUAAGAUGCAUUGUCUGGUUCCAUUUCGAACAAAACCUCUGCAACUUCUUUCCCCAGCUUAGCGUCUCCAUGAUAGUUGCAAGCACUCAACAAAGCUCCCCAUACACCUGCUUUCUGUGGCUCUCCGAUCCCUUUGAUGAACUCAUAAGCCUCUCUCAGCUUCCCUGCCCUGCCAAGCAUGUCAACAACGCAAACCCGAUGCUCAGUGACAGGCUUCACCCCGAAUUUAUCCUCCAUUUGGUUGUAAUGUUUUAAACCUUCUUCUACAAACCCCGAGUGGCUGCAAGCUGAAAGAACACUGAUGAAAGUGCUCUUGUUUGGUUCCAUCCCUGAGAUACUCAUUUCACUGAACAAUUCCAUUGCCUUCUCUCCCAUUCCAUGGAAUCCAUAUGCAGAAAUAAGUGAGUUCCAAGCAGCAAUUGAUCUCACCCCUGAGUUUCUAAACACCUUCAUGCCGGUUUCUAGCCUCCCGCAGCUGCUGUACAUGUCCACAAGC